GAAGUCUGUGUUGGCUUUAACGUAAUCUUACCUUGGCUUUCUUUCUAAAGUGGGAAAUGUCUUUGUCAUCAGUAGUAACAGACUAAAUCAAGUAAAUUAAUCACAAUGCUCUCGUUAGAGUGUCAGGUCGUCUCUAUUUUGGAGACGCUUGUAAAGGCCACGGUAAAUGAAAUUACUAAAGUUGUGGAUUCAUCAGGCAAGUCUCGACUGACACAUGCAAGAACAACAAACGAGUCUGCAAACCUGGAGUUUACAACCCAGCUGAACUGUGUGUUAGAAGUGCAGGCAAAAGAAGCUGUGGAAAAAAUAUGCCGGCUUUUCUCUGCGCUUCAGCGUCUUGAAUCGACACCUGGUCAGAUUGCACAGGAUGCUCAGAAAGCAAGAUUGAAGCACGUUGAGAAACAGAAGAAAAUUGUACAGAAAGAUAAAACAAACAACAGGCUCAAGAAACAACAGGCUUAUUUAACAGACAUUGGUCCCCACAGAAGUCCAUCCACUGACCAGCUUACUCAAGCCUCUGAGGAGAAAACUGCUGUCCUCGUGAGCUAUGAACAGGAGAUCAUAGAUGUAGAGAAAGAGAAAACAGUAUCUCAUUCAGACAUAAAACAAGAGCCCUCUAAAACAAAGGAUACAGUGAUCAUCACGGAAGAGGUGUCAACGGAUUGCUUAGAAAACAGCAAUUAUAAAGUCAGUGAUGCAGCAAUACAAAACCAUCCUCCGCUUGUGCCAUCAGAGAAGAAUGGUGUUGCGGAAGACGUCGGCUGUUCAACUUUGGAUGAUGCAGAAAAAUCUAGAAGUUUCAGAGUUUUAAAAAGCACAAGGGCGCUAGCGAGCUGUAGAAGGAGAGGUAAACAGUUUAGCUGUAAACACUGUAGAAAAAAAUGUGACACCCUUAUUCUAUUAAAAGCUCAUCAGGUUGUUCAUGCAGCAGCUGGGAAACCCUUCAGCUGUUCACAGUGUGGUAAGUGUUUUACCCGUAAACUCAGUUUGGAUGUACACUCCCAGCUUCAUGCUGACAGGGGACCUUUUAUUUGCAAUCCGUGUGGCGAGACUUUCACCGAACACAAACAGCUUAAGAAUCACCAGAGGAUUCAUCACCCAAACAAAACUUUUACUUGUAAAGUUUGUGGCAAGUCUUUUCCUCAAGCUUAUUAUCUCACAAAGCAUCUAAUCGUGCACUCAGGAGAGAAGCUGCAUACAUGCGAUGUUUGUGGAAAGAGCUUUGGCAUUCACAACAAUCUACGUCGCCACCAGAGAAUCCAUACAGGGGAGAAGCCAUUCACCUGCCAGACAUGUGGACGAAGUUUCAACCAGCUUGAUUCACUGAAGGCACACAAACGUACUCACACUGGUGAGAAACCACACAAAUGCAAAACUUGUGCUCAGGGCUUUGUACAGAAAUGGAUGCUUAAGUUGCAUGAGGGACAGCAUGCAGGACAAAAUGGCCACAGCUGUGUUGUAUGCGGGGUGGUAUCAGGUUGCAUAAAUACAACAAAAACACAUCUCCAAACUCAUGCGGGGCAGCUUCCUGUCCCCUGUACAGUGUGUGGAGAGACCUUCGGCUCUAUCAGCACCUUGAAAUCUCACCAGCAGAAACACGGCAUGAGCAACAAACACAGGUGUUGUGUGUGUGGAAAGACCUUUCAGAGUGCUGGUAGUGUGAAAAUUCAUGAGAGGACUCAUACAGGAGAAAAGCCCUUUAGCUGCUCGGUGUGUGGGAAAAAAUUCAGUCAACAGACUUGCCUUAAGACUCACCAGAUCUCACAUACUGGCAAAAGACCAUUUAGUUGCGACGUGUGUGGCAAAGGUUUUUGCACCUUAGGAAACCUACGUAGACACCAGCGCAUACACACGGGAGAAAAGCCCUUCAGCUGUGACGUGUGUGGGCGAGGAUUUAACCAGUCUAAUGCUCUCAAAGCUCACAAGCACAUACACACUGGGGAGAAGGAAUACAUGUGUGACAAGUGUGGAAAGAGUUUUGCUUAUCCACGAAAUCUGAGAUGCCAUAAAUGUUUAUAAGUACACUGUUCUAUUAGAUUAAAUAGGUUAUGUGUCUUUGUAUAUCUGUAUGCUUUUUGUAAAUUUACAAAUGCUGAAGUUCCUGGUCUGAUAUUAGUAUUUCAUUUUACAGGCUGCCAGUAAAAUUGUUGUCGUCUUCAAAAAUAAUUCAGAAAUGCUGAAUUAACUGUA